AUGAAAAAAUCAAUGGAAAAGUUGUCUUCGGAAAGAUCGUGUUCGGAGGCGGAGGUGUUAUUUUCCUACAAGCGUUAUUUCAUUAAUAACGUUGAUUCAUAUCACGGCGAAUAUAUAUUAAAUGAAGUGUCGAAGGUGUUAGACAAGAAUGCGACGGAAUCGGUGAAACAGCCGUCCCAGACGGUUCUUGGGGAGGAUGCUGUGGAUAUUCUUCCACCGCCGCCGCCAGAACAGCCCUAUGAAAUUAUUGGUACUGUCUCUGAUCCCAAGAUAAAAUCAGUGGAUAAUGUCGCUCGUAUUGUUCCGAAAACCGAAUGCCUGCCGAUCAUGUUGACAUGUGGAACACUCAUAUUAGACAUAAGCUACGAUAGAGAAGAGCUUUCAAUUACAAUGGAGUUUUUGAAGCUUCUGAAAACUCUAUUAGAGAGGCAAGCUGGUCAGGAUGUACCUGAUGCAGAUGACGAUGGCGGAGCCGGAGAGUCCAAAAAGCGCUAUCUAAUACUAGUGUCGACUGUUAUGACAUGGGGUGUUACAAAACCUUUGGAUCCAGAUACGCCUGACAUGCCGUUUAUUGAGACGGAUUUUAGGAAACGGAAAGCUCACCCCAGCUACAAAAUGCACUACGAUGUGGAGAACGAAGUUGUGCUGAUAGCUAGGAAAUAUCGAGCUCAGAUUGGGGCAAUUGUCGUCGCUGCUGGUGUUACAUAUGGGGGACGUGAGGACGUUCUCUUUUACUGGUUCCAAAAGGCUUGGGAGUGUGAGCCUCUAUUGCCUAUACUGGGACGUGGUGGAAAUGUUAUCCCGCUGAUUAAUGUUCAGGAUUUGGCGCAAAUCAUCUACAAUUUGAUAACUGAUUUUCCAAAGAAACUCUACAUUUUGGCGGUUGAACAAAACGUAACCAAGCAGAGAGAGAUAGUAAAACCAUUGGGUCGUAUUGUUGGAUCUGGAUUAUUCAAAUGCAUUCCGCCAGAAGACGCCUUCUUGAUUCCGGAAAUUGACCAAAGGAUUUACGACCUAUUGACGCUAAAUUUGAACAUGGAGCCAACGUUUAUUGUCGAAACAAUGGGCCUACAAUGGACCUCAGAACUCACCUUUGCAGAGAAUGUGCCGAUGCUUAUGAAACAGUUUAAAAAGGAGAGAGGAUUGAAACCUUUCAAGGUAAUUGUAUACGGACCGCCGAUCGUAGGUAAAACUACGCUGUCGAAACUUAUCUGUGAAGCGUAUGGUUUAAUUUACAUAUCGCCAGAUACAGUUGCGGAUGAUAUAAUGAAUGAUUUGGCAUGGCGUGUUCACCAUUGGGAGAUCGGUGAAACCGCCGGGCUUCCUAUACGUAAUGCAGAAGAAGAAGAUGCUCUACCGGAUGAUGAUGAAGAUGACCCUGGCGUAGAAGUAGAAGUCCAGGAGACUGCUCGCCAGACUCUUGCCUUGUUGCAAUCAGGCAGGACCCUUACUGACGAAGAAACGUUGGGGUAUUUGAGACAAAGAAUGUUAAAUCGUGAAGCUCUAAAUAGAGGAUGGGUGCUAGAUGGAUUUCCAACGAAUUUAGCGCAAUGCUCUAUAGUAUUUGACAAGGGGGACGAACAGGAUUCUGAAGCUGGAGAAGAGGCCGAUGAAGAGAAGUUCGACGAAGAUCUAGAUCUUUACAGUAAUGUUCUCAAAAAGCUUUUACCUUAUAUCGUGGUGUCUUUAGAAGCAACGGACGACUUUAUUUGCGAUAAGGCGAUGCGCCAACCCGACGGUGACUCACGGCUAGAUGAAGAAACAGUUCUGAAACGACUCAGCGAGUUUAGGCUUAACGAUGGCCGUGACGUCACUCCACUUAAUUUCUUUGACGAGCUCGAUAUUCAUCCGCUUGUUGUACCUGUUAAGGAACAUUCAGAUUAUAGUAUGAAAGGAGCUUAUGCAGCGGUCGCUUUAAGAAUGGGGCGGCCUUGUCGAUAUGGAAAGCUUAUCGCAUUAGUUGAAGCCGCAGAGAAGAAGGAAAAGGCUGAUCUGGAAACGCUUCGGUCAAAGGAAGCGAAAGCUUUAAAAGAACUCGAGAAGAAAAUGCAAGAAGAACGCGAGGAUAAGAUGGAAUAUUGGUCGGAGCUGUACUUAUUGAUGCAAGAAGAGGAAGAGGCUGCGCUUGCGGCAGCAAGCGAGCCAAUGCGCAAUUACCUCAUUAACCACAUCUUCCCAACCCUCACUCCUGCGCUACUCGAAGUGGCCAAGUUGCGUCCCGAUGACCCCAUUGAUUUUCUGGCAGAGCAUCUGUUCAAGUUGAACCCAACCGGAAAAAUGCUAGAGCCGGGUUACAAUUUACAAGCGGAGAAGUUGCUCGGCAAGAUUAAGAUCUUGGACGAUGCGUUGAAAGAUCUAGAUAUCAAAAUAGACCCACUGCUUCCGCCCGAAUGUGCUGUCGACGAUCCUUCGGCGUCCAGGAAGAACAUUAAUAGUAUGAGUGCCUUAUAA